AACAUAGAUGCCCACUAGAUAGAUUGAUUCCACACUUUUGUAUAACUAACAAGUGUCCACCAACAUAUACUACUGCUUCCAGUAUGGCUGAUGCACUGUUGUCUGCCUCAUCAUACUGAGCAAAAGAGGAAGAAGAAGAGUUGUAAAAUAAUAUUCCUGCCCAAGGCAAUCUUUGAAUGAUCAAUGGUGGUUGUGCCUUCACACUUAGCUUGGCACUAGGAAGCAACAAUAAGGGUGGAUACACAGAAGCAAAGUAGAGAUAGUUUUGGUAUAACAGGGGAAAUGUAUGAAGUGGGCACUGUGGGCUCUGUUUAGUUUUAUGAAUUGCUAUCAUUUUCUUUACCAUCUUGGUGAUGUGUUGGUUGAUAUUUUGAGAUAGAUUGUUUUGUAUAGGCCAGACAUUGUAGUGAUAAUGGCAUCAAUGCCUUAUGUUAUGCAACAGACACCACCAGCAGGAGGAAUAUAUUCAGAGGCGGCGGCGCAUGGCUCACAUUCUAGAGGCUCUGUGGGGCCACUGAUAGUGGUUUUAGCGGUGAUAACCAUUCUGGGAGUGGCGGCGGGCAUGGUGGGGCGGAUGUGUGCAGGGCGCCGCUUCCGCAGAGACAGGGAAUAUGAUUUUGAGGGCUGGAUUGAGAGGAAAUGCGCCACCUGUAUUGAUGGAAGUUUGGAGUCUGGUGGUGGUGGUGGAGGGGCGGCAGUUCCGGUGGCUAAACCUGCAGAGAAUGUGGAAGCUCCGCCUGAUAAGCCUGCAGAGGGCGGUGCUCCAGGUGGCUGAUUUGGGGUCUCUGUUUUAGUGGGUUGAAUCAAUGUCUGAGUGUUUGGGUAUGUGAGGAAAUGAUGUGGGUCACUGUGUUUUGUUUUCUUGGUGGGGGCAGAGUGAUUAGAAUUCAUUUGUUAGUAGGGUGGAACACUCAAAUCAUUUUCUGUAAAAACCAGAUGUUUAAUGCAUGUAUUGCAGAUCCCCUUUUUGUAGAACAUUCUGAAAAUUUCUUGGUAUGGAUUUCUGUUGGUCUUAA